AUGGUCAAAGACAACGAAUACACCACAAAGGGCCUCCCCCCUCCUCCCAAUGUCUCCGUAACCACCAAGCCCAUGGCCGGCCUGCUCGUCGACGUCUACGGCCUCGAGGAACUCCCCCCCGCGCCCGCGCCAGUGACGUGCCUGUGGCUGCUCCAUCCCCGGACGCGCGCAAGGGGCAUCAUGCACGACAUUGCGCGACGGGCCGUCUACGCAUGGAACCAGAGCCAGCAGAGCAGUCUAUCAAAGCAGCAGCAGCAGCAGCAGCAGCAGCAGCAGCACAGUCAGAGGGGCCUCGUGGCGCUGGUAUUCGACAUGCCGAACCACGGCUCCCGGACGGUGAGCGCGCUCGCCAACGGGGCGUGGGACGAGGGCAACGAGCAGCACGCCAUGGACAUGCUGGGCUUCGUGAGGGCCGGCGCGGCGGACGUGAGCCUGCUCAUGGACCAGGUGGGCGGGUAUCUGGGCAGGGGCCAGGAGGUGGACGGGCACGUUUGCCUGGGGUGGAGCCUGGGAGGGCACGCGGCGUGGGAGAGCUGGUUUGCGGAGGAGAGGGUGGAUGCGGCGGUUGUGGUUGUGGGAUGUCCAGAUCUUGCGGGUCUGUUGAGUAGUCGUGCUGCGGCAUCAAAGCUGGAUUGCGGCGAGACGGGGUUCUUGGGCAGCAAGUAUUUCCCGGCCGAUACCAUUGCCGCCAUUCGAAAGAGUGAUCCGAAAGGCAUUCUCUUCGGCACGGAGCCCGUUCCCUCACUGCCCCUCUCCCAGUCUGAGCAGGAUCGGUUGCGUGCCAUCUUUGACGGCCGCCGCAUCAGGGGCAAGAAGCUGCUCUUGUGCUCGGGGGCCGCAGACGAGCUGGUUCCGUACAAGCACGCGCAGCCGCUCAUUGGCGUCUUGAAGGACGCUGCGGAGGGGUGGUACAAGGAUGGCGGGCUGGAGGUGGAUGAUCGAGUGUACGAGGGUGUUGGACACAAGUUUUCGGCGGAGAUGGUGAGCGAUGCCGUGGAUUUUCUGGUGAGGGUUGUUGGGGAGGGGAGACGUGGAAGGGAUGGUGGUGAGGCGAGAGCGAAGAUGUGA